UGUCACAUGUGGUCGUGGUCUUUUGAGUAUGUAAUUUGAGUUUUGAAAGCAACACAACAUCAUCAUCUGACAGAUCGAAAUGUUGUUGAUGUAUACAAUCAACACAUAUUUUUAUUAAUAUUUGAGGAUUCUCGUUGAUCUGUGAUUGCUUUGUUUCUUAACCCGCCCCUUGAAAGAAAAAGCCGAGCAUAAUUUUGUCUCUCCUGUUUGAAGCUUGAGAGACCGCAGAAACACCAUGUCAGAAUUGCCAAGCGUUGUAGAUUUGUCUGAGGCCCUCAGGAGAGACGUUGACCUUCUUGGCGACUGGGAUGACGAGCAACCAGAAACAACAAGCCUUGCAGCCCCUCAGCAAACAGUUGAAACCAAAGCUCCUGUGGAAAUUAAGAAAGAAAUUCCAGUCAAAGUACAACCUGAACCGGCUGUUGUGAAAACUCUCAGCGUCAAAGCUGACGACUCAUCCACCGAAUGGGCCAAGAUCAUAGAUGUCACCAUUCCUGUUGAUGACUUUGAAGCUCAGGUUCCAAACCCUGCUCACAAAUAUCCUUUCGAGCUGGACACUUUCCAAAAGCAGGCCAUCAUUCAUCUUGAGCAAGACCAUCAUGUCUUCAUUGCAGCACACACUUCAGCCGGCAAAACGGUCGUCGCUGAAUAUGCCAUUGCAAUGUCCAGAAAAAACAACACGAGAGCAAUUUACACUUCACCUGUAAAGGCGCUGAGCAACCAGAAAUACCGUGACUUUCACAACACUUUCGGCGACAUUGGUCUCAUCACUGGAGACAUACAGUUGAACCAAACAGCUUCAUGUCUUGUUAUGACAACAGAAAUUUUGCGCUGUAUGCUCUACGCUGGUUCUGACGUGAUCAAUGACUUGCAGUACGUCAUCUUUGACGAAGUCCAUUACAUUAAUGACGCUGAGAGAGGCCACGUUUGGGAGGAGGUUUUGAUUUUACUCCCUCCGCAUGUGAUCAUCGUCAUGUUGAGUGCCACAGUUCCCAACACACUUGAGUUUGCAGGCUGGGUUGGCAGAACAAAAAAGAAGAAGGUUUUUGUGAUUUCGACACCAAAACGUCCUGUUCCGUUGGAGCACUUCUUGUACUUAGGAUUCAAUCAAAACGUCAACACAAGGAUGCAUUUGAUUUUGGAUGCAAACAGCAAUUUCCUAGGGGAAGGGAUCAAGGCUGCAAAUGAAACAAAAAUGAAGAAAAAUGAAGUUCAGCAGGCAGGACGAGGAGCACCAGGUGGUCGAGGUGGACCCCAAGGCAGAGGCAACCAGAGAGGUGGCAGGGGAGGAAGAGGAGGUGCCCCGGCGCCUCAGAUUGGCAGGCAGCAGGCCAGACCUUCAAAACCACUUUCGUUUUCACAAGAACAAACAGUUUGGGUGUCUCUGCUUAGAGAUUUGAAGAAACGAGAAAAACUGCCUGCAGUUGCUUUUACUCUGUCAAGGAAACGCUGUGACAUUAAUGCUGAUUCCAUGAGCUCCGUUGACAUGUUGAGUGAAUCAGAGAAAAGCCAUGUGCAUACCUUCUUCAGCAAAUGCAUCAAGAAAUUAACAGAAUCAGACCAGCAACUGCCACAGGUCCAACGAAUGAAGUAUUUGCUGGAACGAGGAAUAGCCGUCCACCACAGUGGCAUCCUCCCUAUCCUUAAAGAAAUUGUGGAAAUGCUGUUUCAGGAUGGAUUUGUGAAGUUCUUGUUUGCAACGGAAACGUUUGCAAUGGGCGUCAACAUGCCAGCCCGUACUGUGGUCUUUGAUUCCAUCACAAAAUUUGACGGAACUGACUCUCGACUGCUUCGUCCAGCCGAGUACAUCCAAAUGGCUGGACGAGCUGGUAGGCGUGGUAUUGAUGCAACUGGAACAGUUUUGAUCUUGUGUAUGAAUGACAUCCCGUCUGAACUUGAGUUGAGAGGAAUGAUGCUUGGAAUGCCUACUCAUUUGCAAUCCCAGUUCCGAUUGACGUAUGCCAUGAUUCUUACUUUGCUCCGAGCUGACUCAAUUUCUGUUGAGGGCAUGAUGAAGAAUUCAUUCAGGGAGUUAAGACAUCAGCUGAAUGCAGAAAAAUUGAAAGGAUCUCUGCAGAAUCUUGAGGACCAACUUAUCAAAAUGAAAGAACCCAAUGGAGCCCUGGUUCCACAGCUGACUCAGUUCUUCAAGGCGUCCGAUGUGUGGCUGUACGAGUGGAGCAAAGUUGCUGUUGAUUUGAUGAAACAAAUGGGGCCUAGUAAAGAGGUUGUGCCUGGAGUGGUGGUUCUUGUGACCAAACCUGGACAUGUGAACAAGUUGGGCAUUGUUUUGAAAGUCGAUCAAAGCAGGAAGUUUGGACUUAUCUACCGCAUUUUGGUUCUCUGUGAGGAGGAGGAGGUGACAAAAGACACUGCUCCAGACAAAUGGUACCAAAUGCUCGGAUUGUCUCGAGGUACCAAUUACUCAACUGCAUUGGGAAAUUCCCAUACAAUCUUGAAUGCUUACCCAGCCGAUCUUUGGUACAUAGCAGACAAUCUGUUUUUGAAAAUUGAGCCAGAAAAAGUAAUUGGGGACUGGGAAAAGAGGCAAAACCCAAGAUUCAAGAACGAUCCGCCUUGGGCUGCAUGUUCUUAUGCAGUGGAAGAAUUGACUCGGCUUGUUCAAACUCCUGGCCUUCCUCUGCGACCUAUUCUGAUCAACAGUUCUGGUGAUGUCAAUGUCACCGAAAUCACAAAGAGGAGAAACGCUGACCUUGUCUUAAACCUCAGAGUUGAGGUUGAUUCUCUUCUCGAAUUGGCAAACAUUGCAAACUUUGAAACAGAGUUUGCAAAAAUCUUCCACUACCAAGAACUUGUGUCGCAAAAGAACAAUGUGUGCCAUUUGAUGUCAGAUGCUAGUCUGGCCUUGUUCCCUGAGUACAAGAGCAAAAUCCAGGUGUUAAGACAACGAGAGUACAUCAACAACUCAAACACAGUCCAAUUGAAAGGAAAAGUUGCUUGUGAAAUGGGCUCGCAUGAAUUGCUGAUGACCGAGAUGAUCCUUGGAGGAAUUUUCAACAAAUUGGAAGCAGCCGAAAUUGCCUCUCUUCUCUCAAGCUUGGUCUUCCAACAAAAGAGUGGUAAAGAUGACCGUGGUGCUGAUCCAAGAGAUAUGGCCCCAACAGACGCUCUCAAGGAGAGCAUUGAAGAGACGCUGAAAAUUGCAGUCGACUUGGAGCAGACUCAAUUCAACUGUCAAGUCCCGCAAGACUCAAUGGACGUCUACACAGAUUUGCUAAACUUUGAACUGAUGGAAGUUGUUCACAAGUGGGCUUUGGGAGAGCCGUUUUCUGAGAUCAUCAAACUGACCACCCAUCAAGAAGGCAUCAUUACCAGGUGCAUUCAGCAGUUGUGCGAAACAUUGAGGGAUGCGCAGGAUGCUGCCCGCAUGAUUGGAGACACACAAUUGCAUGAGAAGAUGACUGAAGCUGCUAAUUCCAUCAAGAGGGAUAUUGUUUUUGCAGCCAGUUUGUACACACAGUAAAUAUAAUUCUUUUUAUUUUCUAAGAA